AUGCCAGUAAAAUGGCCAGGAAACAGGAGGGAAACGGGAGGGAAACGGGAGGGAAACGGGAAUGAAAUGGGAACGAAAUGGGAACGAAAUGGGAACGAAAUGGGAACGAAAUGGGAACGAAAAUGGGAACGAGAAUGGGAACGAGAUGGGGACGAGAUGGGGACGAGAUGGGGACGAGAUGGGAACGAGAUGGGGACGAGAUGGGGACGAGAUGGGAACGAGAUGGGGACGAGAUGGGAACGAGAUGGGGACGAGAUGGGAACGAGAUGGGGACGAGAUGGGGACGAGAUGGGAACGAGAUGGGGACGAGAUGGGAACGAGAUGGGGACGAGAUGGGGACGAGAUGGGAACGAGAUGGGGACGAGAUGGGAACGAGAUGGGAACGAGAUGGGGACGAGAUGGGAACGAGAUGGGAACGAGAUGGGAACGAGAUGGGAACGAGAUGGGAACGAAAUGGGAGGGAGGUGGGGAGGGGAGGAUCUCAGGCCAGCGGAUGUUCUUUCCCAGCCCAAUGCGGGUCUGUGGGAGGAGCCUAUCGCCUUAAUCAACAACAUGGACACCGCCCCAGGGACAUAG